UAACGUCGGCCGGUGACCCCGCAGGCAUGCUCCCGGACCCCAAGAACACGCACAUCGUGGUGAGCUGGAUGAUCGCGCAGACAGUGACGGCCGUGGCGGGCGUGGUCUCCUACCCCUUCGACACCGUGCGGAGGCGCAUGAUGAUGCAGUCGGGGCGCAAAGGAGCCGACAUCAUGUACAAGGGGACCCUCGACUGCUGGCGGAAGAUCUUCAAAGACGAAGGGGGCAAAGCCUUCUUCAAGGGUGCGUGGUCCAACGUCCUGCGGGGCAUGGGGGGCGCCUUUGUGCUCGUGCUGUACGACGAGCUGAAGAAAGUCCUCUAGGCUCCCCUCCCCCGGACGCAGGCACCGAGGGAAUUCUGUAGAAUACUUGUAACUGUUACGGACCAGUGAUCUUCGAGAAAUUCCAGGGUCCCCGCCCCGGCCAGAUCACGUCUAGAGGCCUGGGGCAGGUUCUAAAAGGGGCUCAUUGUGAUCGACCAUUGGCACCAGAUUCCAUGUAUUGAUUGGGGGGGAGGGGAAGGAGGACGUCUGUCUUCACGAGUCCGCAGACAGACAGGCAGGCAGCUCGGCCACAGACCUUAGAGUCCAGGUGCUUGUGGGACCUUAGUUGUGUUUAAGUAUUUAUUUAAAAAAGAAUCAUGUCUCCAUUUGUACUUAAGCACUAUUCUCUUUUGCACAGCCGAAUAUUUGCAAUUAUGUUUCAUGUCGGGCAUUCUGCAAAACCAUAAAAGACGGGACAGAGAGA